GAUCUACCCUUGCGAUUCUAGAACCGUGAUAGACUGGUCAGCAUCAAUGUUGCGAAUGUUCAAAAUAGCAAGCAGCCUGAAAGUCUGACAAGCAAGAAGUGGUCCCCCCCCUUUUAUUGCUCCACGAGGUAUCCGUUACCCAGAACUUUUGGCAGAGGCGACCCAUAGUCUUACUAUUGGCUUGGUAAAGGAUGGCCUGUGCAGGGUUCAAGUGACAGUGCUACUACUGGGUAGAAGAAAAAAAUUGUAAUGGAAACACAGGACCCUGGCUGCAUUUCUCCACAAAGGGAAGUAGAGCACGUGCCUGAAAAUCCACCACUUGAAAGGAUUCAUUGCACGAUCUGCAAAUUUGACAAGAUUCUAUCCGCUGGCUGGAUUCUUGCUCGAGCUUGGGAAGCGCUGCCUUUGGUGGAUAACAUUCCGUGGGUCGCCAUGGUAAGGCUGCCAAGCCUGACAGAAAUGCCGGCGUCGAAAUCCGAGUAGGGUCCAGGUUAUCCUUGGUAUCAACAAGAAUCUGCUUAGUUGACCGUGGCUUUGACGGGUGAUAGUGUGGAUGGAAUGCGGUACCAUGAGCACAGUGAGAAUGUGGGAAUGCUGCGAGCAGACUAAGAUGGAGAGAUGGAGAGGCUUCUUGCAGGCAGAGAAGAGGAAGGAGGGUAUAAAUCUGCGAUGGCGACUGCUCAGUCGGGGUUGAUCAAGCUCUGGACAAACAGAUUCAGAGCAACAACAGCAUAGCGAGAGACCCUUUCAUCAGUCUUAACACUACAGCCGAGCCAUCAUUAUCUUGAGAAUUUCAGCCGAAAACAGCCUCGUCAAAUCUUACAUCCCACAACCCCUUUGAUAGACCCUUUCACAACCCCUAACUUCCUAUUUCUUUCUUUCUUUCUUUUUUCUUCUUCUCUCCUUCAGGGGCAACAUCAAGAUGCUUGUCCUAAAGCAGAUCCUAUUCCUCCUCUUGCCACUGGUCUCGCAGCUGGCGACCGCGUAUCCAAUCUCCGCGCAGGACCAAUCCGUCACCGCCCGAGACCUUGUGCGUCAUGAUGCGGCAAGUGCCGACGACCACCACCACCACCUUCAGCGGCGCGCAGAGCCGAAAUCCCGAUGGUCGUCCAGUUCUUCGUCCGGCCAAUCAAGUAGCGAUGGGGAGGGGAGUCAAAAGACCGAGGCCAGCAAGAUCCUGAAUGACCACAUGGCCAUUGGCUUUGAUGCCGCAUCCCUUAUGGAUACACCAACGAGCCCGCCGCCCAACCCAAACAGGCCCCCGAAUCUGAACAAGCCCCUGCCCCAGAUCCCAGGGGGGCAGGCUUCGUCGUCAGGCAAUCCUGACGGCAUCGUCAGCAGCAGCGGCGGUGGCGGCGUUACAGUCAAGCCAAAAAAAUCGAUGAGUUUCUUUCCCAAGCUGAGCUCGAAAAAGUCACAGUCAAACGUCAUGGCGUCACAGUCUAGAUCUAGCAAGAGGCCGACUAUAGGCAAGCCCAUGUUGGCCCACAGUUCAAACGGAUUCGCUGCAGCCGACGCUAAGGAACCUGUUGCCAAAACCAAGUCCCAGCAAAACCUGCGCAAGUCCGCAAGCAAGCAGUCGCUGAGGCAGGGCUCUGCUAGUGAUGGCAAAGGCAAAAAGUCCUGAUGUGGGUUCCUCUAGGGCCGGUUCUUGAGUAACACCAUAAUUAAUUGGCAAAACACGUUGUCAAUCUUUCGUGUUCGGGACUGCAGGCGUGGGGAGACGACUAUGUUUCGCGAGCCGUGAACGCAAAAGCCCCUUAGUCAUGUUUUGGCCGGGCAAUAUUGCUGGCGGGAAAAUUUUUCUUUACGCUUGGGAGACAAGGCUGCCGAUGAAGAUAGGAGGUAUUGUUUGUUUGUUUGCUUGCUCAUUGAUGCUUUCUGGAAAUAAUGGGCUUCCGGACGGAGUUUCUUGAGCUACGUAACCUACAUGGCGUUUAGGGUUUCGUUACAAGUCGGGAGUUUGAACAAUAUAUUCGGUUCACGGCCAAUUUGAUUUCGUGUUUAUUCGGAUAGUUAGAUGGUACUAACACGGAAUGGGAAUCACAAAAGAGAUAUGAAACCGAA